AACAAAAUGGAAAGCGAAGGAGACGAUUAUCCGGGGCCUGAAUCCGGCAUUGAAGGAAUCAACUUGAACGGGAGAAAUGUAGGGGCCGUGAUGGUGGCGCCUAGGGAUGUAGACGUAGCAAGUCAGAGUGGAUGCAGGGUCAACAUAUACGUGAACAGCAACGUUCAAGCGACUUGUGGGUCAGCUCUGUUUGGUAGCAAGGUCAAGCUAAGAGACCCUGGUGUUCAUCUCCAUAUCGAAGACGUUAAAAUCCCCCGCGAAGACGGAUCUAGACAGAAAGAGAUGAGGUUGAUUAAGGUUGGGUUAUGUUUGGUCUGUCUCUUUAACGUCUCUCUAGGACUCUUUCUCUUGCUCUCCUCUUGGCUCCGGAAGGAAACCUAGUCCAUAUAGAUAUCUCCCCAUCCACCCAUGUUCAUGGUAAGAAGAACGAUAUUCUGUAAUUGUUUCUUCGUAUAGUCACUUACACUAAGAUGUACAUUUUUAGAUUAUUCUGAUACUGUUGAUAUCUACAUUUACAAGGGUACAAGAAACACAUAUGAAUGUUGUAUAUUAUUUUUACAUGUUUUUCUAGAUUGAUAUGAAGGUUGACUGGUUGAUGUUAUAUUCCAAUCUAUGUAAAUUCCUUAGUAGUCUAGUGGGGCAAACGUGUCGAACGAAGUCAUGAGGCUACCGGAUUGUAAGCUGUAAGUACAACGUACCAAUCACAAUCCCAGCUA